AUGACGACCACUCAACACUGGCAGAUGGUACAGGACUAUGUGUCCAUGGAGUUCUCCUGUUCCACUACCCACGGGAAGACCUUCUCCCCGACAACCAAGAUCGUGGGAGGCAAGCGGAGUAAUAGGGAAAGGGUUGCUAAGGUCUUCUAUGACAGAAUCAACAAGGAAAACAUGGAGACUCUGGUCCAACUGGAGCAACUGACCUCAGAGGACUCAGACGACCACAGGGGCAUUGCAAGUAAUGAGCACACAGAUGCCGUUACACGGUCCCUGCUGGUAGCCGAGGGCAUCCCUUUUUCCUCCUCCUGGCUUUUUCUCCUGAGAGCUAGAUGUCUGGCUAGGGAAACAGUAAGUAAAAGUCUUGGUCCCUCCCUGAUAAUCUAUGGUUCUCCUGACCCACAAAAGAAACGCAAGGUGACAUAUGAGAAAGAGAUGCCUACGAAUUGGGCCAAGACACCAAAGAAGGACUUUGCAAAGGUGUGUAUGGAGUAUGGUUUCCCUGACUUGCUGCUCAAAAAGCUCGAAGACAUAAAGAAGAAAGUGAAAGUUGGGGGAUUUCCUCAGGUCAUCAGGAAUCUAAAGCCACUAGAAGACACAGAAGCCAAGGCUGACACCACCAAAGUCUCCAGCUGCAUCAUGGAGAUGAAGGACCCCAAUACUGAGAUGAUAUGGGUCAAGAACGCUAAGCCUUUCCGAACCCAGUAUUCCCUGGGCAAGUACAGCGUGAGGCAGGUGGAGCAGUACACGCUAGUUAUUGCUAGCAUAAACAUGAGCAGUGCCCAUGCCUACAGCCUGACUGUGGGAGAGAAGUGGAUGGGCGCCAUGGCACAGUUCAACAGGACAGAGCUGAAGAGGGGUGACAAACAGCAGAUCUCACUGGUGGAGGACAGGCUGACUCACACAAAGAUAAAGGGCACCGACAAUAACCCAAAGACUAUCCCAUCCAGGGGUCAGAACAAGAGGGGGGAACGUGCACAAUUGCAAGGAAACUGUGGUGGUUUGGGAGGAGGCAAAAAUGUUAAUCUGUCUACAGGCCUUCCCUUUAGAUCUGUGACCCACCUCAAAAGUGCAUGUGUAAAAGGAAGGAGCCACUCUGACUUGAUGGCUAAGGAUGUGAAACUGCCCUCAAAGAAAGAAGAGUGACUGCUGUCACAUAGCUCCAAGCAAAGUAAGAGCCACAAAGGCAAGCAAGCUGAGGUGGUCAUCAGUGGUGCACAGAUCAGUGAAGGUGGGGAGUCCACCGUAGUGGCCAUGCAGGAUGGGAACCCCUACUGUCCCUGGCCCUCUUUCUUCUCGGAACAUCUAGCAACUCUGAAGAGUUACAUGUCAGACAGGUACUCAGCUGCUGGCAGCCCACCGGAAUUGUCUGUAGUGCUGAACAACAAAAAGGUGGCCGAAGGACUCAUGUGUGCCCCUCGCCUCCAGAUCACAGACUUGCCUUGUAUGCAGAUAGUGAAGCAGGGUAAGGUGUCCAUGCUCAUCUUCCCCAACAUGGGCACAGAGCAUGAAGGAAAAUACACAUUCUGUGCGAAGGUCACAGAAAAUGAAGCCUAUGCAUCCAUCGCAGGUAAGGCCCUCUGAAGGGAGAAAAUAUUCAAGGAUGUUGGGCCAGCCUGUAUGUUUCAUUGCCACCAGCAUCUGGCUAAGAUGCCCUUCUGAGCAAGGCCAUUACCCAAAGGGACAUGGUACAAGGAUGGUAUGUAGGUGACCAAGGAGGAGGCCAUGUCCAUGGAGCUCAACAUCUCCAGCUGUUUACAUAAGGACUGCAGUUUGGUCCUGGUCAAUCUCAAGAACGACCAUCAUCACACAGCAAUUGCCACUGUGUACCUCAAUGUGCCAUUGCACAGCCAAGUGCACUGCACACAGCACAUCUCCCAGCAGUCACUUGGCUGUUGCUAUGAACUAAACACUAAGAAUAUGGUUGGAGGAGAGAUAGAUGACAAGGUGGAAGCUUACACACUCUAUAUUCUGGCAGUCCAUCAAGAGGGUGUGAGUGACCCACCUGAGACUGAGGAAGCCGUUGCAGGGAAUCCCAUAGAACUCCCUGGCCUUACCAAUCAGCGCCAAGUGGCUGAUGUGACCAUGGAAUUGGUGACCAUCACAUAAAAUGUUCCUGCCCAGGAUUGAGGAGCAGUGCUUGGCUACUUUGUCAAGUGGAGAAAGAAAGCAACAAAGCUGUGGGUGCCAGCCAACAAGGACCCAUUCAGGGCGAGAUGCACAGAAUACACUGUAGAGGACACAGACUAUAAAUUCCAAGUUACGGCUGUGUGUAACCAUGCCAGCAUGCCAACCAGUUCAGUGGCGGUCAAGGAUCCUGCUAAACCUCCAGGCGUGGUAAGGGGCCUAAACGUGUCUGAAUCCUCUAACUCAGCAGUUCUCAACCUGUGGUUUGACCUCAGCACCUGGCUGAGCCACACAAUGGUAGGUGCUGGCACAGCCCUCUGCAUGCACAUAGACCUCUUUGACUUGUCCCUGAUUUUGCCCCCCACACUCUCCCCUGGCUCACCACCACCCGCUGUGACCUGGCCGAAAGACAGCAUCGCUAUCAAGGGCUAGGAAACCAUCACCAAGGGAAAAAAAUUACUCCCAAUUCUCAUUGGCAACACUAACUGUUCUGACCCUGGAGAGUGUCAGCCUUCACUCCAGAAUGAGGUAGCCAACAAACCUCCAGUUCUUCCGCAUUUCCCCAGGCUGCCUGCAAGCCUGCACCUAUUUAAAGAGCCCCCCAACACAGUGACUGUGACCCAGAAUCCUGAUGUCCAGGAGAUGAGCCCCUCCCCCACCUGGUUCACUGCAGCUAAACAUGUCUUCAACAACAAGUACACGGUGCCCAGCAGAAAACGCUACUUCAGAGUGGUGGCUCAAAAUGAAAUGGGUGACAGCGACCCACUGUACUCCAAGGACACCUGGCUUGUCAGUAAGGACCAGACACCUAAGACUACAACCCAGGUCUUCCAGGUUCCAUUUAAACAGCCCUGGGGGUUUCUUUUGAGCUCUAAGAUGCUGACGGCUCACAGCUGCCCGUCAUCCCACCUAUGCAGUGAGAACCUGAGCACCAAGCUCAAGUCCUGUCAGCAAGAAUGACGCCAUGGACCCCACUUUCUGACCCAACUCCAGCCACUCACUGUGCUCUCUGGCCAGGACUACACCGUGCCUGACACCUUCCUUGGGAACCCAUGGCUCAUGGUGAUUAGCUACAAAGGUCAUCCAACAUCGCUGUCCAUCCUAAGUUCUGGCACAACUCCACCAGCAGCCUAUGUACCCCUGCAUCCCCCUUGCACACCACAGGACAGCAGGCACUGCCUGUUAAAAUCUGAGUGCCUCUGCCAGGGCUUCAGCUCUAAACUAAUCAGCCAAUCUAACCCCACUCCUUUCAGCAGCCCAACUAACCCAGAGUCCAAGAGGAGACUAGAGGAGGCUGCAGCCAGUGGGGCUGGGGCUGGGGCGGUGGGUAAAACAGCAGCAGAGAACACUGCAGAGCUAACAGUGACCAAGACUGCUAGACACCUAUACACAGGGGCCUAUGUCAAGGACAAAUGGCAGACAAUGAUGAAACACUACCCACCGUCUUGA